AAAUUCGAGAAUUGUUUCGGAUAUUCGACAGAGACCGCGACAACAGAAUCUCAGGGGCGGAGCUCGGCAAGAUGUUGCGAUGUAUGGGGAUGAAUGUGGCAGAGGAGAAUGUCGAGGCCAUUAUGAGGGAACUCGACAAAAAUUGUAAUGGCAAAGUGGAAUUCCGCGAGUUUAAAGCGUUUGUGCAGGAAGAGAUGAGGAAAUCGGAGAAUCCACAAGAACAAGAAAAAGCCAUUCGACUAGCAUUUAAGGUAUUUGAUGAGAACGACGACAACCUGAUUGAAGAAGAGCAGUUAAAGAAAGCGAUGAAGAAUCUAGGGGAGCCGUUGUCUGACCAGGAGUUGGACGAUAUGUUGAAGCUGGCAGAGAGAAAUGAGGACGGGAAGAUUAACUACGAAGAAUUCAUUAAUCUCUGGCUUCAUCCAGCCAACAAAUAA